GACAGGACCUCCCACCAGCCCAGCCUUUCCCACUGGUUCAGCCCUCCACCCCCAACCAAGUUGCAGGAUGUCGAUGACAGACUUGCUCAGCGCGGAGGACAUCAAGAAGGCACUGGGGGCCUUCGCCGCGGUCGACUCCUUCGACCACAAGAAGUUCUUCCAGAUGGUGGGCCUGAAGAAGAAGAGUGCGGAGGACGUGAAGAAGGUGUUCCACAUCCUGGACAAGGACAAGAGUGGCUUCAUCGAGGAGGACGAGCUGGGAUCCAUCCUGAAGGGCUUCUCUGCAGACGCCAGGGACCUGUCUGUCACAGAAACCAAGACGCUGCUGGCCGCGGGGGACAAGGACGGGGACGGCAAGAUCGGGGUCGAUGAAUUCUCCACUCUGGUGGCUGAAAGCUAAGAGGCUCUGGCUGCCCAGGUCUUCCACCUCUCUAUCCCCAACCCCCAACCUCAGCCCCUCUCGCUGCCUUCCUGCGUUUCUGUUCAGUUUGUUUAUGUUAUUUUUUACUCCCCCUGGUCCUCCUUCGGCCCUCAAAUGACACCAUUCUUCUGGAAAAUGCUGGAGAAACAAUAAAGGCUGUACCAAUCGGA